UAACAUUUGUCAAAUUGUCACCAUGGCGGCUGCGCUGCUGUCAAAUAGGAGAUUCGAUAAAAUAAUUCGAAAUCACGCCAAAUUUACAAAAUCGUAUUCAAGUAACAAAUCUGUAAUAUUAAAUAAGCCCCAAUUGAACAUAAUAUGCAAACAAUGCGCGGCGGCGAGUUACUUCCGGUUAUAUACAACGCAGGCUCCAAGCAAUGCUGGGGCUUCAGAUCCGGCGAAAAAUGUAUUGGCAGCAGUGUUGGCAAACAAACCAAAGACAGGAAAAAUACCAGUUGGAAUCCAAAAAAGAGACUGUUUUCACCCAGGUGCCUCUGUUUUGUCUCGUGAAGAUAUAAAUUUGGGUGAUGCGAAGCCAGUGACGGGGACGGAUAUGGUACGGGGGAUGCUGGAGUAUGUGUGGCCCAAGGACAAUGAAAUGAUCCGCAACAGAGUGAUGCUGUCUCUCUCGCUGCUGUUCGGUGCCAAAGUGAUGAACGUGACGGUGCCGUUCCUGUUCAAGUACGCGGUGGAUGAGGUGAACCAGGCGGCCACCACGCCCGCAGGCGACGCGCUGUUGGGCAUGGCUACUGUACCACAGGCGCUAGGGACUACAGCGUUCAGCUUGUUGUUGGGAUACGGUAUAGCUCGCGCCACAGCGGCCGGCUUCAACGAGCUUCGGAACGCAGUGUUCGCGAAGGUGGCGCAGCACUCCAUCAGGAGGCUCGCCUGCAACGUCUUCACACAUCUGCACAACCUAGACCUCAGCUUCCACCUGGGACGGCAGACCGGAGCGCUGUCUAAGACCAUAGACCGUGGCUCCCGCGCCAUCAACUUCGUGUUGUCCGCCAUGGUGUUCAACAUAGUGCCCACUAUAUUCGAACUGACGCUGGUCUCCAGCAUACUGGGGCUGAAAGGAGGCUUCGCUUUUGCGGGGCUGGCGUUCAGUUGCGUGGGAGUGUACGCGGCGUUCACUCUCGCCAUCACGCAGUGGCGCACCAAGUUCCGCGUCUAUAUGAACAAGGCGGAGAACGAGGCCGGCAACAAGGCCAUCGACUCGCUCAUCAACUACGAGACUGUUAAGUACUUCAACAACGAGAAGUACGAGCUAGAGAAGUACGACGUGAGCCUCAAGAAGUACGAGGACGCGUCGCUGAAGACCGCGUCGAGUCUCGCCGUGUUGAACUUCGGACAACACGCCAUCUUCAGCGGCGGCCUCAGUCUCAUCAUGAUCAUGGCUGCCAACGAGAUCGCUAAAGGCAACAUGACGGUGGGCGACCUGGUGAUGGUGAACGGUCUGCUGUUCCAGCUGUCGAUCCCGCUGGGGUUCCUGGGCUCGGUGUACCGCGAGGUCCGGCAGGCGCUCAUCGACAUGCAGACCAUGUUCACGCUCAUGACCGUGCAGUCUAGGAUUAAGGUAACUACCGACCUGGUGAUGGUGAACGGUCUGCUGUUCCAGCUGUCGAUCCCGCUGGGGUUCCUGGGCUCGGUGUACCGCGAGGUCCGGCAGGCGCUCAUCGACAUGCAGACCAUGUUCACGCUCAUGACCGUGCAGUCUAGGAUUAAGGUAACUACCGACCUGGUGAUGGUGAACGGUCUGCUGUUCCAGCUGUCGAUCCCGCUGGGGUUCCUGGGCUCGGUGUACCGCGAGGUCCGGCAGGCGCUCAUCGACAUGCAGACCAUGUUCACGCUCAUGACCGUGCAGUCUAGGAUUAAGGAGAUAGACAAAGCCCCACCGCUAAUAGUUGACGCGAAGACAGCCACAAUUGACUUCAAAGACGUCAGCUUUAAAUACGUUAACGGGAAGCCGAUAUUCAACAAUUUGACGUUCUCGAUACCGGCGGGAAAGAAGAUUGGUAUCGUAGGCGGUUCUGGUUCGGGUAAAUCGACGAUGGUGCGGUUGCUGUUCAGAUUUUUCGAGCCGCAGUCUGGCACCAUCACGAUCGCGGGACAGAAUAUCAGAGAUCUGGACCUCGCCAGCUUGAGGAGAGCCAUAGCUGUUGUACCACAGGACUGCGUGCUGUUCCACGACACGAUCUUCCACAACCUGCACUACGGCGACCUCGCCAAGCCCGAGGAGGAGGUGUACCGCGCCAGCCGCAUGGCCGAGCUGCACGACUCCGUACAGACGUGGCCCAAGGGUUACCAGACGCAAGUGGGUGAGCGUGGGCUGAAAUUGUCCGGUGGUGAGAAGCAACGCGUGGCCAUCGCGCGAGCCAUCCUCAAGGACUCGCCCAUCAUCGUGUUCGACGAGGCCACGUCCAGCCUCGACAGCCUCACUGAACAUGCGAUCCUGCAGGCGCUGAAGGCGGCGACGGUGGGCCGCACGUCGAUCUGCAUCGCGCACCGCCUGUCCACGGUGGCCGACGCCGACGAGAUCCUCGUGCUGGAGCGCGGCAACGUCUCCGAACGCGGCACCCACCACCAGCUCAUCGCCAACCCGCACUCCUUGUACUCCAGGCUGUGGGACAAGCAGAACCGGGACGCGGGACUUGUUAAGUAGAUCCUUGUGGACAAAUGUAAAGGGUAGAUGAGCAAGAACGGUUUCAUUACAGCCAAUGAUUGAUCUGUAAUGUGCAAUGCAAAUUACAGGAAAGUCGAUUUUGCAUUCGAUAGUUUGUCACUUUUAAAUGAUGGUGGUUUUCGGUUUGUGCACUUGCGUCAUUGUAAUUCUAAAGGUGAGAUAUAUCGAUAUGUCAUAUAGUAUAUCACAUGAAAAUGUGUUCCAUACACACAUACAUUCUUGACGUGUCAAGUGAGAGUUGACAUAAUUAAUCCAGCCAUGAAACUUUUAAUAUCGUGUAUAUUGAUAAUCAGUAGCAAUGUACAAUAAGACCUUGCUCUUUUAUCCUAGAACGCAAGUUCUCCGCCACAUUAGACUACAUCGUACCUAAUUGUUAAGCCUCCACAUUGAUUAUCUCGGAAGAAAAAACGCAUGUAUUUUAACUGAGGUAGAAUUCAGUUUGUAUUGAAACGCGUUGUAUAUAAUAACAAUGUUAUGUUAAAUCAUAAAUAACAGACAAGUAGCCUAGUUGAGAGUGGAACGGACUGCCGAAACGAAUGUCUGCAGGUUCAAAACCCAAUACACACUGAUCUGACUUUUCGUAGUUAACGUGUUGUUGAUGUGAACUUUUAACUUUGAAGAAAACAUCGUGAAAGUUAGGAGAGGUAACAUACCUGAGAAUUUUCGAUAAGAAUUUAAAGGAUAAAUGAAUUUUGCCCGCACUAGGUCAGCGUGAUGGACUAAAGCUUAAACUCUCCCAGUAAUAUAAUAGGCCCGCACCCAGCGAUAGGCAGUAUAUUAUAAUGUAUGCAGGUACAGCUGCCGUGCUGGUCUCAGUUUCGAUUUGCGGGUCAAGUCGAUAUUGAGGGUGGUCUCCACAGUGUCCGCUCUCACUCUUUCCCUCAUUCCAUGGGAGUUAAUAUAGUUGUCGGAAUUUGGGUAUGUUACAUUGAGCUCGCAAUAAAACGGGAAAAACAGUGCGAUAUCAUGUACAGUCCCCGCGCAAGCUUCGAGGAAUCUCUAGGCAUAUGUGAUGACAUAGCGCAGGCAUAGUCGAUAUUACGUUAUCGAUGUACGAUCAAGCGAUGACAUUGUGAAACAAAAUUUAUUACAUCGAUAACGUAAUAUGAAAUAUCGUCAAAAUCUCUACGUAAUAAUAAUUACUGGUGAUUACCUUCAGACCAGAGAAACAUUAAUAAAUAACAAUAGUUAUAAACAUGUACCUCAUUAUAACAGUAUUAAUAAUACUAGAUAUGCGCGUGCGUCGAUAAGUAGGAAUCGAUUGCGCGACCUCUAAACUGUACCGCGUAAACCAGGAUUCGAGGUUUAAACAUAGAUUACGUUAGCAAUGUAUAUCUUUAACGUAUUUUAUUACUUAUCUUUAUCUUUGUUAAGAUUGCUUAAUUGUCUGCGGGCAUGACUAUAACUUUAUUAAAGUAAAUAAUUGUCCAGUCUGAAGUUAGUCACUUUACAAAUGUCACAUUUAGCUCUAGAAAAAAUGUGUACAGUCGCAAACAUCUACGAUUAUCAACUAACUGCGGAUGGCAUUAAACGAUCUCAAUCGCUUUUUUCGAUCUAUCGCCAAAAUAUUUAUAAAUGACUGUUGUUAUUAUAAUAUAAAUAACAACAAUAAUUUAUAAAUAUUUCCUAUAUAAAUAAAUGACGUUUAUAAAUGACUUAUUUUGAUUGGUUAAUUCUCGGGAUCGGAUCGAAGAUUUACAUUCGGACUGUUUACUGUCACAUUGUAAUGCAUGUUCGAUUCUCAGGUCUGGCUACUGUUUGGGAAUAUUUAGAUUUGAAGGAACAUUUGAAUAAUGCUUGAUGUAUCGAUAAUCUCUCAUAUCAGGUUGUGGAUGCAAGGCUGCAAGACCGUCGGUGCUUAGGUUUGUCUUUGCCUAACCUACGCAAUAACGUCGUGAGCUUAUGUACGUAGUAGUAAGACAAGUGUGGAGGCGAUUAGAAUAAUUAUGUAUGUAUAUACAUUGUACAGGUUACUUGUUGAAUAAGUAUAUUAUUUUGUUGC